CAACACUGUAUUAGCUCCUUACUAACACUGUCACAAUUAAUAAAAAAAAUAUUGGGAACGAUAUUAAGUUGCAUUAAACAAUAACAACAUGAAGCGAAAAACCAGUGAAAUAUGGUGCUUCUUUCGGGCAGUUGAUGACACUUUUGCCUUAUGUAACAUUUGCAAAGCCAAGUUAUCAUACAAAACAACCACAACAAAUUUAAGCAAACACAUGAACAGAAUGCAUCCUAAUGCAAAUGUUUCUGGAUCUCCACAGAAUCGAAAGUAUAAAAUUUUGCCUCAGUCAAGUGAUCGCCACAGAGGCAAACCUCGGAAUCCUACUCAGGAGUUAAUAAUACUGAAAUUCAUUAAGAAACAUCCCAUCUUGUUACAAAAUCCAUCAUGGGAAACACGUAAUUCAUAUGAAUCACUGUGGGAGCAACUCACGUCCGAGCUCAAUGCUAGCGGGCCGCCACAAAAAGACGUAGCUACUUGGAAAAAGGCAUUGAAGGACUGGAAAAGAUUUAUAAUCAAGAAAGUGGAGAAAAACGAAAUGCACAAUAUUCCUCUAGCAACUGGUCUGAGCUCAGCUGAGGAAACUAUAGCUAGUUUAUGUCGUUUGAACGAUGAUGUCAGUCAAAUUAUAAUGAAUGCAUCUGAGGACGAUUUACAAGAUAAUUCGAAUGCUACAUUCGAAAUGGAAGAUGUUGAAGAUGUUGUUCCUGAAGAGGAGGACCAUAGUGCACUUCAAGAUGUUUCAGGAUUUUCUUAUGAGCCAGAAGAUACAAAGGCUGAAAUUGAUAUUGAUAUUGAUCCGCUUUUCUUGCAAAGUGGCAAGAGUGGGAAAUAUGGAACUCAGGCCAUUAAAAAAGAACUUGAGACAAUAAGUAAAAGAAUCAGCGUAAUUAAUGAUGUUGCUUGUAGUACACAAAUUGCUCUUAAUGAAUUUUGCACCCUUUAUAAACAAAAACUAAUUGAAAAUAAGAGGCACCACUCGGUCAUUGAACAAUUAAUGGCGGAAAAAAUAGAAUUGAAAAAAAAACUUCUUGAAAUAGAGCAACGCAAAUUGUCCCUGAAAUAAUAAGUAUUAUACAAAUCACUUAUCAAUAUAAUUUGUUUAGCAUAUAAUUAGAUAAGAGUUAAUGUGAAUUUUUUAUA